AUGAAGAAAACCUUAAUAACAUUCUUGUUGUUGAUGGUUGUGGUUAUCUCUACGAAAAUAGAAGCAUCAGAGCUUAGAACUCAAGGGAUGACCUACACUGAAGCAUAAAAUCUAGAUGUUUCUCGUUUAAAUUGCCACAUCGAUUUUGAAUACACGAUUGGGGAGUUGGCAAGAUGGGUUGAUAUUAUAGAUAAUCGAGAUCAAUUGAUCAAAGAUCUUGCAAUAAUUAAUUAAGUGAUAAGCAUCGUGGAAAAAGCAAAAGGAUCAAUAUCUGUGAUUCAUUCCUCUAUGCUUUUGCAAAUAUAAAGUAAAGUGAGUAAAUCACUCCAAAGUGUAUUUAUAUAAAACAAAUGGGCAGCUUGUAAAGUAGAGGAUGCCCUUGAAUAUGUGGCAUAAUUAAAUGGCACUUAAAGUAUUCAUUUUGAUUAUCACUUAGCAAUUGAGGAGAAGAUUGCUUUAGCGAAUAAAAUCAUAGCCCAAUUGAGGCAGACCUAGGAUUAGAUUCACUAAUACUUGGAUUAAUGCUCAUAUGCAAAACGUACUCAAGGAUUGAGAUAGAAGAUAAGUUAGCUUCAAACAUUAAAGAGAGUAUGUGACCAAGAAAUAAAGAAGCCAACAAUAAUUAUAGAUAACGAUCCUGAUGACGAGGUAUUAAAUUUUGAUGAGGAGCCAGAAGAAACAAUUUAUUAUUAUUUUGAAGAGGAAGACGUUGAGACUCCUCCCGAUUACAUUUAUCAUGAACCUCAACAUUACACCUAUCCAACAUAUUAGGAUGAGACCAAAAAACCAUAAAAAAAAUAAGUUAAGAAGAUAGUGCCAAAAGAAGUAGUUGAUGAAAUCAAAGGAAAUAAAAGAUAUGUAGCCUUGGGUCAUGAGAUUGAAGGAGAAGUGAAGGAUAAUGUGGAUGAAUAAUAAAAUUAAUAAGAAGAGACAUAAUUUGUAGUUUCCCCAGCCAAGGUUAGUAAGAUAGAGGGUCUGAAUAAUGAAGAUGAUGGUAGUGAGAAAACAGAUGGUGAUAAGGAGAAAACAUAAGGAGAAGAAGAAUAAAAAGAAUAAACUAAUGGAGAGGAAACUAACGAAAACACUGGAUCUGAAUAAGAGUAGAUAAUAGUUGAAACUCAUGAUAAACCCUUAACAUAAGAUGAAUCUGAAAUAAAAGAGAAUGUAACUAUUGAUGAAUCUAAAAAUGUCACUGUCGAUGAGACUAAAGCUGGAAAUGCUGAUGAUGAUGAUACUACUACUGAAGUUAAGAUCACAACAGUUCAUAAGACUGAAUAAACUGAUAAUGAAAGUGAUGAAACAAAAGAUACAGACAGUUAAGAAUAAGAAUCCACUGAGGAAUCUACAGAUGAAUAAACAUAGAAAGAAACUACUUAAUAAUCUUAAGGAACAGAAACAACUCAUGAAUCAGGAUCAAGUACAGAAAAUGAAGGAGAUGUGGUUGUUGAUAAUUAAUCUAAAAGUUAAGAUGAUGAACAUGUUAUUUCAAUUGGAUCAUCAAGGGUUGAACAUAAAAAGGAUGUUUAAAAAUAAGAAGGUGAAGUAUAAUAAGAGGGUGAAGUAUAAUAAGAAGAGGGUGAAGUAUAAUAAGAAGAAGCUGAAGUAAAAUAAGAAGAAGGUGAAUAAAAAUAAGAAGAAGCUGAAGUAUAAUAAUAAGAAGCUGAAUAAAAAUAAGAAGAAAGUGAGUAAAAGUAAGAAGAAAGUGAAUAAAAGUAAGAAGAAGGCGAAUAAAAGUAAGAAGAAAGUGAAUAAAAGUAAGAAGAAGGACAUACCCAUGAAUAAAGUGAAGAUCACAAGGAUUCUCAAAAGAACUAAAAUGAUGAGAAGAAAAUAAAAAAACAAAAGAUUAGUGAUGAUCGUUCAUUAAAGAUCUAAUCAUUAAGAGAAGAACCAAAUCCAAAUGAACCAACAUAAUUUUAACCACCAAAACAUCGGGCUAAUUCAGGUCGUGUUUAAGAAAGAAAAGUCGUAGCUGUAAAUACAAAAUAUUAAAAUUCUGACUUCGAUGGUGAACCAACAGAAUAAUUCGAAUUCACUGACCGAUCCUUACUUCAAGACUCUUCUGAAUAUGGAUAUGGAUAUUGGGUCAGAUACACAGAACAUGGAGUUAAGGAACAUAGUAGAGAGGAUGGGGAAUACUAUUUCUUAUCAAGAAUGACAAUAAAUGAGGAGUAUGAAGAUUUUUCAUUUUAUGGAGACAGAGCCUUAGCAGUAUUUAUGUUCGAUAAUUCCUUUGUAUUCAGCACAUACGAUACAAGCGAGAAAUUGAAGACUAAAGAUAAGGCAGUAGUAUUAAAUGAAAACAUGGACAGUAUGUGGUAUUUCGUUAUGUUCUCUUACAGUAAUCCAUUAAGAAAAGCUGUUGGUUAUAUUGCAAGUUAUGGGGAAGGUAAUGGAAUAUAUAGAGUGGAAAUAGAUGGUACUCACAUUCCACCUUCUUAUAUCAAACUCAUAUUUGGUGGUAAACAUAUGGAUUAUCAUGGAUUAAAUGGACAAUUUGCAAAUAUCUUCUUUGAUAUUGAUGCUCCAGCAUUUGUCGAUGGAGAUGAAGCCUUGGAUGAAAUCCUCAACACCUUGAGUAAUCCUCCUUAGAGUGUUCCUGCUAUGAUAGAUGAAACUGUAGUUUAGAAACCUAAACAUUUGAAUGGAAAUGAUAAAGGAGAGUAGUACCACUUUGAUCCAUAAGAAUCUUAAUUGAUCAUAGAAGAAUAUGCAGUUGGUUUAUGGUUUAGAUGGAUCGAUGACUUAAAAGUGGAUGAACCAAAUACAUUUUAGUUGAUUAAUUUGAGAUCGAACAAAGUCAAAUCUGCAGGAAAAGGAGUCUUAGGAGAUAGAGCAUUAGAAGUACAUUAUACAUAUGGUGGUGGUGCAAAGAGUACAGUCUACUUCAACACUUAUACAACUAAGGGUAAUAGAGCUAAGGGAUAACCAUACUUAUCAAAGACAGUAGAAAGUGUUGAGUUCAUUUGGACUUAUGUUUACUUUGGAUAUGAUAAUGAUGGAGGACGUGCCUAUGGUGCAGUGAUUAAACCAGGACUAGUGGGAGAAGUUAAAUUUGAAGGCAUCUAACACAAAUUGGUUAACAGUUUGAGUGUUACUUUAGGUGGUGAUGAUGUCAUAUCCCCAUUCAAUGGUAUGAUUGGAUAUGUUGGUAUUUACCUUGGAACAGGAGCAUACAGAGAAUGUUUAGAAUUUGAGAUGACGUUCAAUGAUUGGGAAGGAGUCAUGGGAGUGUAUUAAGUCGGUAAGCCAAUCACUUACAUUGCUGGAGAUGCUAAUUAAGCUAGAGAUGUAGCAUAUGAUGCUUCAGAAAAUGUUGUGGAUAAAAUUAUAAUUCAUAAUGAGGAGGGAAUGAAAAUUAAUGGGUAAAGUGAAUAUGGUUUUGGAUUAUGGACUAGAUGGUUGAGUACAUUGCCUAAAUAUUUGAAUAAGAGAGCACCAGUACAUACUAUUGCUAGAAUGGGUACUUAAGGUUAUGUUAUUGAAUCUAUUGAUGGUAAAUUAGUUAGAUCUAAUGCUAACAGACCAAGUACUCCUAAGGAUACUACUUUGUCAAUUUCUUUGACUCCAGAUUCUUAUGAAUUCUAAACUUUGGAAUUGAAAGAUGAUAUUGAGUUUUCUUAAUUAGAAGGACAUUGGAAUUAUGUCUACUUUGGAUAUAUUAGACAUGGUGAUUAGGGAUUGGCCAAAGGAUACGUUCAAUUUGGUGUUGAUGGUGAAGUUGAUGAAGUAAUUUUCGACACUUUCCAUGAUUAUUUACUUGAGUAUGUUGAAUUCAUAGUUGGCAAAACCUCAGCUCCAUUAUUCAAUGGUGAAAUGGCAAGAAUAUCAUUUUCAUUUGGACCUGGAUCAUUCAUACCCACAAUGGAUACAUUAAAAAUCUUUAUUCAGAAUACUCUACCAGAAAAGGCUCAGAUUCAUCCAGUGGCCAGACAAACUUUAUAAUUGGUGGGAGCACCUCAAUAGCUUAAGGAAGAACCUAUUCAAUUCGAAUUCGACAAGUAUUAAGGAGCAGAAGAAUAUGCUAUUUCAGGAUGGGUCAGAUGGAGUGGUCCACUUGUCACUGGUAAAGUGUCUCAUCUCAUAACGAUGGCUUAGAAGAGAUUGGAGGAUUUGGAUGGUAAGAAUGAAGAGACCUUACAAAUAGUCAGAGGAGAUCAAGCCUUCACUUUCAUUACCUAUAGUCAACAUGAAGGUGAAUACAAAUUGGCUACUUAAGAUGAAGCCUAUGGGGAAUAUGCUGAUCAAUGGACAUACAUUUAUUAUGGAUUUUCUUAAUCGAAACAAUAGACUUAUGGUUAUUUGAAAUUUACAUUUACAGAGAGCGAAUUUAGAUAAGAAAAGGUUAAUCACUUUUAUUUGGCUGUGUUCUCUGUAUUGAUCUAAGAGAAAUAACAAUACACUUAAUUUAUUGGCCAAAUUAAAACAUGGGUUAUUAAUAUUGGAGAUGGAGCAUUCAGAGAGGGAGGAUUUGAUGAAAAUGAAAAUAUUAAAGUUCAUUUCGGAUUCGUCAGCGGAACCGAUCAUUAUCAAAUUACAAUAGGCUGGAUAAGAAGCACAUCAUGA